AUGAGGGAAUGCACUCUACGGCAGCUUCUAAAGACAGUGGAGUUGACAGUAGAUGCCAAACGGAUGAUAGAGCUCAUUCUUUGUCGCGCUGCCCUGCACCUUGUCGGAACGAGGUGGGCUAGCUCACCGAUGACAUUAGACACCGUCUCGGUCUUCUACCGACUUGACGAUGAGGGAACGCCGGUAUUCUUUCUGGACAAGCUCUUUUUGUCCAUGGAACCUGGUAAACUGAUGGUUCAGCCGAAGCGGUCUGAGGAUAUCUUGGCCCCCAGCCUAGAUGAGGUACAGGCACUCGGAAUUGUGCUCGCACAGAUAGAGCUAGGGGAGAAACCUGACCAGGUCGUCCGUUGUGAGCAGGAACACAUGCAGUCUCCGCAAGACAUAAAAUUGCCUGUGGACCGUUCCAAGCUUGCGGAGAGACUGCGAAUGGCCUAUGAAAAGGAUGACGUCUCCAACCGGCUGGCGUCGGUUGGCUUUUGUCUUGCCGUAGAAGACCAGGCCGAGCAGGACAUGGACGUAUUGCAACGGCAGUCUUUCGACCAGUGGUUCUACGAAAGGGCGAUAGAACCACUAGAGAGAUUUUUCAUUAAGAGCGGCUGGACCUGGGAGCAGGUCAAUUGGGCUGAGCCGCAUGCAAUCAACAUGAAUGACGUUUAUCGUCUUUUAAAGGGAUCGAAGCUACCAUGCCGCGAUGCAAUGGAACUGAACGGCCAAAGGGUCAGGAAGUUGCCAAGGAAAUUGCUGAGGUACCUGAAAAAGCAUCAGUCUGCUGAAGUCAAGAUAGGACUCGAGGACACCGGCAUCGAUCUGACCCAUCCCAUGUUCAAGGAGCACCUUGAUUCUGGGCGUAUUUCUGUUGGCGGCUGUAAAGAUUUCACGGGUGACAACAUGAAGCCUGACGGGGCCAUGACGGAUAAGGUUGGACACGGCACCCAUCUCGCAUAUGCAAUCCUCGAAGCCACCGCGCCGCAGUGUCGUUUAUAUAUUGCUCGUGUAUAUAAGCAGAACACCUCGGAACCAGACACAGAAGAAUAUGUGGCACAGGCGACCCGCUGGCUCGUGAAAGAAUGUGGAGUUGAGGUAUUGAUUAUGGCAUUUACUUUCAACAAAUUCAGCGUGUUGAUAUCGCAAGCCAUCGCAGAAGCUGAGCAUGUCUGGUUCGGCGCCGCUGCCCACCACCACUGCAAGGUGCCCGUUCUUGGCAGACAUGGCAACAUGAAAGAUACAUGUACGGAUAAGGACACUUAUGCUUUCGGCUAUCCUGCGUCGGAUCCCAAGGUUUCCGCGAUUUACUCCGUCGAUAAAGAAGGAAAACGUUCCAACUUCAGCCCUCCAGGUCGUAGGUGCUGUCGCAACUUGGCCAUCCAGGGCGAAGACGUCGAAGCGGCUUGGCCUCUGGCACUCAACCAAGGGGACGUGGGCAUGGAAGGUUCAAAUUGCAUGUCCAACACGAAGCUUAUGAGUGGCACCUCCCAAGCCACGGCGCUUGUGGGCGCGCAUGUGGCCAACGUUUUGCUCAUGUUGAAAACGACACCGUUUGAGAACCCUCGUACUACAAGCUUUUUAGAGCCAGGGAAACACAAGGACCUCAUCGUCUGGGCACUGACCACGGAAGCGGGAACAGAAUCAGUCAUGGACUCGAGUCACCCGACACCUACCGUUACAGACGACUACAGUGUCAUUCGUCCGCGUCUUUUCCUCGGCAAGCCGCUAGCUGAAUGUCGCAGCCGAGUUGAGAAAGUCAUCGAAGGGUUCUACGCUGGUUGUAUCUUCUGA